CUGAUAGAUGCUGCAUUGCCAGACAUCCAUCGAGUCUCCCUCUUGCUCCCUCUUUUCCGGUGCGCUCUUUCGGGUGACCGUGUCUUGUUUAGUUUUAGCUGCAGUUGAAUCUUUCUCCAUCUUCCACAAUGAAGAUCUACAAGGAUAUUUUCACCGGAGAUGAGAUGUUCUCCGAUACCUACAAAAUCAAGCUGGUAGAUGAUGUGCUAUAUGAAGUAUAUGGCAAGUUAGUUACCCGUAGAGCUGGUGAUAUUGAAAUCGCUGGUUUUAAUCCAUCUGCGGAAGAGGCUGAUGAAGGUACUGACGAGUCAGUAGAGAGUGGCGUAGACAUCGUAUUAAAUCAUCGCCUUCAAGAAACAUUUGCCUUUGGAGAUAAAAAGUCUUAUACAUUAUACCUCAAAGAUUACAUGAAGAAAUUAGUAGCAAAGCUAGAAGAAAAGUCACCUGAUCAAGUAGAGGUUUUUAAGACAAACAUGAACAAAGUUAUGAAAGACAUUCUAGGCCGUUUCAAAGAAUUGCAAUUUUUUACCGGUACUUCAAUGGACAUUGAUGGAAUUGUGGGCCUCAUGGAGUACCGUGAGAUCGAUGGCGAGUCUGUGCCUGUACUCAUGUUCUUCAAACAUGGUCUUGAAGAAGAAAAGUUCUAAGUAAAAGUUCUUAGAUACUCAAUAAAAUCUGGACAAAUUUUGUAAACGAAAUCAAGACUGCACACAUGCUAAAAAGCUGUGAAAUUUAGUUAAAAAUGUGGAACAAACAGUUCGACUUCCAAUCUUAAUUUGCAACAAACUUACAUUAAAUAAAAUCUCUGGUAGGACUCUAUCUUGAUAAAUAAUUGUACAUACUCUGUAACAUGAGGGAAAGUGGCAACAGGAUUCUUCAUAAUGUGCAAGCAAUUAGUUACGAAAAAUGUAUGUAACAAUGUUUUUGUUUUUAUGUCCAAUUUUGUAUUAAGCAAUAUUUUAUUUAUAUUUAAAAAAAUGGAAGGUGGGGAAAGAACUUGCAGUGAUGGACUUACAUCAAUAGAUGUAAUGUUUACAAUUAUUAUGUUAAUGUCCACAUUAACUCCAUGAUCGACAAUUUCUGAAUUAUAUUCGAUUUAAUGUCCAUCCAUAAAUAAAAAAAAAAUUUCCAUAA